AUGAUCGUACGAGAACCAUUAGGAGUUGUGCUAAUUAUCUCACCGUGGAACUAUCCUAUAUUUUUGGUUAUACUACCACUUAUACCAGCUAUUGCUGCAGGUAAUACUGUAGUGAUCAAACCCUCCGAAGUCGCUCCACAUACCGCAGCAACGUUCGAGAAACUCUUUGCAAAAUAUUUCACACCGGAGUUUCUCACAGUUGUAAACGGUGGACCUUCCGAAACCACUGAACUUCUGAAGGAACGCUUUGACCAUAUUCUAUACACAGGAUGUCCUCCGAUAGGAAAAAUUGUAAUGACAGCAGCUGCUAAGCAUCUCACACCUGUGACUUUGGAACUUGGAGGAAAGUGUCCGGUAGUUGUUGAAGAUGACACUAUUAUGGAUCUCACAGCUCGUCGUAUUGCUUGGGGGAAGUGGGCAAAUUGCGGUCAGACAUGUCUCGCACCGGAUUACGUUCUUGUUUCUGAAUCCACCAAACCCAAGCUCGUCGAAGCUCUGCGACAAUCCAUAGCAGAAUUUUAUGGCAGCGAUAUAAAAUCCAGCAAGGACUAUUCUAGAAUCAUCAAUAAGCGACAUCAUGAUCGCAUCAGUUCACUUCUGGAUUCCUCCCGUGGAACCAUUCUAUUUCAAGGAGGUGAUCGAGAUCGAGAUGAUCUUUUUAUCCCACCGGUUAUAAUUGAUGUUAAAAGAGAUGAUCCCUUUAUGAAAGAUGAGGCAAGAUUUUUCCAGAUCUUUGGUCCGGUGCUGCCUUUGCUGACAAUUCGUGAUUUGAACGAAGCCAUUGACUACAUUAAUAGUGGUGAAAAGCCACUGGCUGCCUAUAUUUUUACCCAAAGCGAGUCCAAAGCGCAGCGUUUCUACAAUGAGACGAGCAGUGGAGCUGUCACAAUCAAUGAUUUGAUUCCUAUUAUUACAGUUGAUACGCUGCCAUUUGGUGGUGUUGGUUCGUCAGGAAUGGGUCGAUACCGAGGGAAAUUUGGUUUUGAUACUUUCACCCAUGAAAAAGCGGUGCUGAAACGAGGUUUCUUUGGAGAAACACUUCUGAAGUAG